AUGGCCGGAGACAGCAAGGCCGGCAGCUCCGCUCGCACCCCCGCGCGGGCCACGCCCAAGCCAUCGGCCCCGGCCUCGUCCGCCUCCAAGCAACGCUCCAUCGCCUCCUUCUUCCAAAAGUCCUCGCCCUCCGAAAAGGUGGCUCCCGCUCCUCACCGCCCCUCGUCGUGUCUGCAAGAGACCACCAAGGCCAACGCUCUCCCCAAGCUCAGGCAAAAGCCCUCAGCAAAGCUGUCCACCCCAGUCCCCAGCAGCGACGCCCUCGACGCCCCCAGCUCCCCUACCGGCGACGAGAACCUCGCCUCUGUCUCCAGGCCGCUGUCGUCGCCUUCCACGACGAGUGCCACUGCGACACUAACUUCAGACCCAAGGGUGGGGCAUCGGUCCACUCCCAAGGCCGUCGACCAGCCGAGUCCUUCUCGCAAGGCCAAAAAGGUCAUCAGCUACGCCGAGUCCGACGAGGACGACGAUCCCUUUACCUACGGCGGGGCCCCCAAAUCACGACGCCGAGCCAACAGACAGCCCCGCCCUGCCAUCAAAGAUGAGGACGACUACGACGACAGCGAUGCUGCAGAGGCCCUCGAGGACAACGACGAUGAUGACAUGGCAGACUUUGUCGUAUCCGAUGAGUCCGACGGAGAUACCCCACGUUCCAGGAAACGGAAGCGAUCCUCCAACAAAUCGCAGACGGCCCGGAAGCGCUCCAACGUCUCCUCCCCGCCCACAAAGCGGGAACAGUCCCCGCUGCCCAUCGAGGCCGUCGAUGACCUGCUCAUGGACGACUUGAGCCCGACCUCGACCGCCGCCCAAUGGAGCUACGAUGCCGAAGCCACCGACAAGCGCCCCGUCACCAAGCCCGCCGAGCGCGCCGCCCGAGACCCCAAGAUCAAGGAAAAGGCGCACACGAGGGAGCCCGAGGAGCGCUACCCCUGGCUGGCAGACAUCCGCGACAAGGACAAGCGCGCCCCGGGGGACCCAGAGUACGACCCGAGGACCAUCUACAUCCCGCCCAUGGCCUGGAACAAGUUCUCGCCCUUUGAGAAGCAGUACUGGGGCAUCAAGCAGAAUCUGUGGGACACCAUUGUCUUCUUCAAAAAGGGCAAGUUCUACGAGCUAUACGAAAACGACGCUACCAUCGGCCACCAGCAGUUUGACUUUAAAAUGACCGACAGGGUCAACAUGCGCAUGGUUGGCGUGCCCGAGAGCUCCCUGGACCACUGGAUCAACCAGUUCAUCGCCAAGCAGUUCAAGGUGGCACGCGUCGACCAGAUGGAGACCAACCUCGCCAAGGAGAUGCGCGAGCGCCAGGACAAGACGGGCAAAAAGGCCGACAAGGUCAUCUCGCGCGAGCUGGCGUGCGUCCUCACCGCCGGCACCCUCGUCGACGGCAGCAUGCUCCAGGACGACAUGGCCGCCUACUGCCUCUCCAUCAAGGAAUCCGUCGUCGACGGCUCGCCGGCCUUUGGUAUUGCCUUUGCGGACACGGCCACCGGCCGCUUCCGCCUCUCCGGCUUCGUCGACGAUGCUGAUCUCACCAGGUUCGAGACGCUGAUUGCCCAGACUGGGCCCCGCGAGCUUGUCCUCGAGCGCUCGCGCCUCUCGACAAAGGCCCUCCGCAUCCUCAAGAACAACACGACCCCCACGACCAUCUGGACCUACCUCAAGCCCGGCGUCGAGUUCUGGGACGCUGACGUGUCGCGCCGCGAGCUGGGCUGCGGCAGCUACUUUGCCGCCGAGGACGGGGCCGAGGAGGCUUGGCCCGAGGCCCUGCAGCGGCACCGCGACGACGACCUGGUCAUGUCGGCUGUCGGCGGCCUCGUCUCGUACCUCAAGUUCCUCAAGCUGGAGCGCCCUCUCCUGUCCCAGGGCAGCUUCGAGACGUACAACCCGAUCCAGAAGAACGGGACGCUGGUCCUGGACGGGCAGACGCUCGUCAACCUGGAGCUGUUUGCCAACUCGGCCACCGGCGGCCACGAGGGCACCUUGUUCAGCCUGCUCAACAAGUGCGUGACGCCCUUUGGGAAGCGCCUGUUUCGGCAGUGGGUGGCGCAUCCGCUGUGCGACAUGCGGCGCAUCAACGAGCGGCUGGACGCCGUCGAGCUGCUCAACGCCGACGCGACCGUGCGCGAGCAGUUUGCGUCGCAGCUCGUCAAGAUGCCCGACCUGGAGCGGCUCAUCUCGCGCAUCCACGCCGGCGCGUGCAAGCCCGAGGACUUUGUCCGCGUGCUCGAGGGCUUUGAGCAGAUAGAGUACACCAUGGGCCUCCUCGGCGCGUUCACGGGCGGCGACGGGCUCGUCGACGGGCUCGUCUCGUCCAUGCCCGACCUCGACGAGCCGCUGAGCUACUGGAAGUCGGCGUUUGACCGCCGCCGGGCGCGCGAGGGCAAGCUGCUGAUUCCCGAGCGCGGCAUCGACGACGACUUUGACGAGAGCCUGGACCGCAUCGACGGCAUCAAGGCGCAGCUGGAGCAGCUCCUGCAGGCGAAAAAGGCCGAGCUCAAGUGCAAGACGCUCAAGUAUACCGACGUCGGCAAGGAGAUUUACCAGGUGGAGGCGCCCAAGGCCGUCAAGGUGCCGUCGAGCUGGCGGCAAAUGUCGGCGACAAAGGACGUCAAGCGCUGGUACUUUGGCGAGCUGACGCAGCUGGUGCGCGAGCUGCAGGAGGCCGAGGAGACGCACUCGCAGCUGGUGCGCGAGGUGGCGUCGCGCUUCUUCCAAAAGUUUGAUGUCGACUACGGCGUGUGGCUGCGGGCGAUCCAGGUGGUCGCGCAGCUCGACUGCCUCGUCAGCCUCGCCCGGGCGUCGACGUCGCUCGGCCAGCCUUGCUGCCGGCCGCGGUUCGUCGACGAGGAGCGCAGCCGGGUCGAGUUUGAGCAGCUGCGGCACCCGUGCAUGACCAACACGGUCGACGACUUUAUUCCCAACGACAUUCGGCUCGGCGGCGACGAGGCCAAGAUUAACCUGCUCACGGGCGCCAACGCGGCGGGCAAGUCGACGGUUCUCCGCAUGUCGUGCGUCGCCGUCAUCAUGGCCCAGGUUGGGUGCUUCGUCCCGGCCGUGUCGGCGCUGCUGACGCCCGUCGACCGCAUCAUGUCGCGCCUGGGCGCCAACGACAACAUAUUUGCCGCGCAGUCGACCUUUUUCGUGGAGCUGUCGGAGACGAAGAAGAUUCUGUCCGAGGCCAGCCCGCGCUCGCUCGUCAUCCUCGACGAGCUGGGACGAGGGACCAGCUCGUAUGACGGCGUGGCGGUUGCGCAGGCGGUGCUGCACCACGUGGCGACGCACAUUGGCUGUGUGGGCUUCUUCGCGACGCACUACCACUCGCUGGCGACCGAGUUUGAGAACCACCCGGAGAUUCGGGCGAGGCGGAUGCAGAUUCACGUCGACGACGAGGAGCGGCGGGUGACGUUUCUGUACCGGCUCGAGGACGGCGUGGCCGAGGGCAGCUUCGGGAUGCACUGCGCCUCCAUGUGCGGCAUCGCGCGGCCGGUGGUGGAGAGGGCCGAGGUGGCGGCCAAGGAAUGGGAGCACACGAGCCGGCUCAAGGAGAGCCUGGACAAGGCCAAGACGGGCUGCUACAUCCCGCUGGGGAUCUUGAGCGACGUGGGGGCGCUGCUGGGCGACAAGGGGGAUGUGAGCGACAAGGGCGUUGAUGUGUUGCUGAGGGCCAUUGCAUGCCUGUGA